AUGAAAAACGCGCCUGAUGUCACCCUCGAGAGGGCUGACUUGUGCUUCCAAGCGCCACCCAGCGGAUUGCAAAGGAGAAAAUAUCAGCGAUAUGCCAAAAGCCACAGUACAUAUCUGGGACUGAUUGCGUGCGUCAUUCAGAAGUCUCCAAACAGAAGACUAACCUUCUGCCAGAUAAUGGACAACUUGGAGCCCUUCGUCUCAGGUGACAGGAAAGGUCUUACAAAUAACAUUAGAGUCUGCUUGUCGUCCAACGACUGUUUCGUUAAGGUCCCGGUGCAUCCAGAGUAUCCAAACUCAAAGAAGAAUUUCUGGAAAGUUGAUGAAACCUGUAUCACUCCCAAAAUUCUGCGACGACACUUCAAGGGUAUGCUGCACACCUUCCCAGAUUUGGCCUCCAGACUCAAAGGGGACCCUGAUGUCACGGAGGAAAUGUACACGACCCACAACCCUCCGAAAACAAGUGUUUCUUCUAUUAAGCCAAGUUCAGUUGCCAAGUUCAGUGGCCCAUUUUCCAUUGAGUCCAUUUUGAAGAAAGACACACGCUCCCUGCCGUGCCCCAAAUCAAGGCCUAAUUUAGGGGGUCUCUGCGCACUGAAACCCGAGCAGGCGCCGGACCAUGCGUCAGUAUCAGUGUUCGUGUCGGCGUCAGUGCGCGCGGACCGCAGCAGCUCCUGGGCGGGCCUGCAGGUGUAG